CAAGAAGCUAUGGGAUUAGCAAAAUAGUGUAUAGAUGCGUGUCUCUCCUUGGUCACCUUUCAAAACAUUCUUUAUUAACCCCUUCUGUCACCGAGAUAGUGUUAUUGUUCCUUACGAGCGCUGAUAGUUGCCGUACUUUUUUGUGGAAGAAUGUUAAUACCCGUGGCUUUAAGCAGAGCUGGAAAACUAACUUACCAGCUGAGCUAGCUUGCUAGCACAUAACCAAGCUGGGCUCGACGACAUAAUAGGCUGCUGCUCUGCUUUUGGGAACACGGUGUGCUCGUUGUGUCAAAUCAAGCCAACUUUCACCGAGGCGGUUUCCUUACAGUAUCUCUGCUCUCGCUUAUCUUUCAAGAUUCCCUUUGUUGUGUAAUCCUCUGCCCGGGCCGUGGCACCAGCUCACUUACUAGCAACUUAGCCGGUCCACGGUGUGUUCGCAGCGUUAGCAGAGCACUGCUCUCAUUGCGCUGGCUAAAAAUACACUUCUUGUCCCAUGCUCAGUGCCCCUCCAAAAGUGGUGGGCUAGUCCACGUUGUACUUGUCUUCGGCUUUUCGGGUCACAUUGCUCGGAGUUUGGCACUCUACAUGGUCACUACAGUGAAGUUAAGACGCCUGGAAGAGCAAGCCGGACCCCGAGGUUGUGAGCCGAGCUGGCCUGAUCUAACGUUACAUCGUACCGGCUGGUGGGCUUCAGGUCUGUGGCUGAUCGGUGGCCGAACAUCAUUUUGCCCUAAUGGCCUUGUCCUGUCAUCAGUUGUAAUAUAACACCCCUUGGUCCAGCCGAGGGUUGCAAGACCAAAACUUUGUAGAGGUCGGAGAAAAACGCUUUGUUUCCACUGUCAACUGUCUGAGAUUGGCGAGGCAGACUUCAUCUGUCCGGAGCAGGCCACCAUGUCGGAAGAUAACAACGCAGACAAGUUCAUCAAGGAGACAUCCAUUCUGGACGAGUAUAACAUAAACUGGACACAGAAGUUGGGAGCUGGCAUCAGUGGACCUGUCAGAGUUUGUGUGAAGAAGUCAACUCAGGAACGCCUGGCCCUGAAGAUCCUCAUUGAUCGCCCCAAGGCCAGAAAUGAGGUGCGUCUCCAUAUGAUGUGUGCCAACCACCCAAACAUAGUGCAGAUCCUGGAGGUUUAUGCUAAUAGUGUCCAGUUCCCACAUGAGUCUAGCCCAAGAGCGAGGCUUCUGAUAGUUAUGGAGAUGAUGGAGGGCGGUGAGCUGUUCCACAGAAUCAGUCAGCACAGGCACUUUACUGAAAAGAUGGCCAGCCAGGUCACUAAACAGAUCAGUCAAGCCUUGGAACACUGUCACUCCCUAAAUAUUGCACAUCGUGACCUGAAGCCAGAGAACCUGCUCUUCAAGGAUAACUCUCUGGAUGCACCUGUGAAGUUGUGUGACUUUGGCUUUGCCAAAAUUGAUCAAGGAGAUCUGAUGACCCCUCAGUUCACUCCUUACUACGUAGCACCUCAGGUACUUGAGGCUCAAAGAAGACACCAGAAGGAAAAGUCUGGAAUUAUACCUACCUCACCCACUCCUUACACCUAUAACAAGAGCUGUGACUUGUGGUCUCUUGGUGUGAUUAUCUACGUAAUGUUGUGCGGCUAUCCCCCAUUCUACUCCAAACAUCACAGUCGCACAAUCCCAAAGGACAUGAGGAAGAAGAUUAUGACGGGCAGCUUUGACUUCCCUGAAGAUGAGUGGAGCCAGAUCUCCGAAAUGGCCAAGGACAUUGUACGCAAGCUGCUGAAGGUGAAGCCAGAGGAGAGGCUGACUAUUGAGGGAGUCUUGGCUCACCCUUGGCUCAACUGCACUGAGGCCCUCGACAAUGUGUUGCCCUCUGCCCAGAUGAUGAUGGACAAGGCGGUAGUCGCAGGGAUCCAGCAGGCUCACGCAGAGCAGUUGGCCAACAUGAGAAUUCAGGAUCUGAAUGUCAGCCUGAAGCCCCUAAACUCUGUCAACAACCCAAUCCUCAGGAAGCGGAAACUCCUAGGCCCCAAGCCCAGUGACGGUUUCUUCAUUCAUGACCCAGAGAACGGAGGGGAAGACUCCAACGUAGCACUGGGAAAAUUACGAGAUGUCAUUGCACAGUGUAUACUACCACAAGCUGGAGAGAACGAGGACGAGAAGCUGAAUGAGGUGAUGUAUGAAGCCUGGAGGUUCAACAGAGACUGUAAACUGCUGAGAGAAGGCCUGCAGGGGCUCAGCUGGGACGGACGAGCCUUCUCAGAUAAGGUUGACCGCUUGAAGUUGGCUGAAAUAGUGAAACAGGCCAUUGAAGAAAAGACUAAUCUCCAAGAAUCUCAUUAGUAAACGCUGUUUUUCUAUCUUCUUUUUAUAUUGUUUAUUAUGACCCUUUUUAACUCAUAUCUGUAAAGACGCUUUUUUAUGUAAAAUGAUGCGCUAAAUUUUUGUUUUUUUUCAUGAAUCCACUUGCAAGACCUAUUGUACAGCUGUAGAUAUAUUUCAAAAAGGACUCAUUGGUACUAUAAUGUUUUUUUAAAUGGACACUGGCAAAGAACAUUGAAAAAAAAAACUAUAUUUUCAUUUUUGCAAAAAAAAGAAAAAAGAUAAAAGAUGAGAAAAAUCAGUGAAAGAAAUUAUUUUCUGGGAGGGAAUUUUUAUUAGCUGCUUGUACAAGAUGUCAUGUGUUUUAUCCCAGUUAUUUCAUUUUAUUCUAUUUUAUUUUCCUUUAACCAUCCUAAGAAUUUUAUUUAUUUAAACCAAGAGUUCCAUUAUUUUAUACUUAACUUGUAGCCUGGCAGUGGGCUUUAAAGUAAAGAGAAGCUGUCUACGAUGUGACGUUGUUCUUCCACACACUUUCUGAAUCUCAGACUAAGUUUAAAUUAUAUGAAUCUUUUUUUUUUUUUUUUUUUUUUUGUGCAACUUUCCCUUGACCAGAGGUCAAGGCAGAGUGAAAAUUGUGGUAAAAGAAAGUGUCAUAAAAUAGAAAAAUGCAGCCUCAAAUUUGUUCAUUUUGUCACAACCCCUUUCUCAAAGCUGGUAAGAGACGGUGCUGAAUAGAUCUAAGCAGACCAGAUCGACAUAAACAAUGGCUGGUUUCCUUUCUGACUCAUUUAGAUCAAACAAAUCUUAAGGUAAUAUCCACUUACUAGCUUUUUUUCUGAGCUUUUAACUGUCUCACUGCCUUCUUUAGAGGAUAGUUUUUUCAGACCCCAAGAUUGCUCUAAAAAAAGAAGCUGGUAAGUGGACGUUGAGACUUUAUUGUCAAACUGUUUCUGGGGUCAAUAUUGAGUUUUCACACUUACCUAGAUUCACGUAGGUUUCACAAUCUCCCAGUUUUAACUCCUCCACAUGAAGUGAUGAUAGUGCUUGUCAGCUUCUGAAGUUUGUGUCUGGCUAGUAAAAUGAAGUGAAUUAUUUCAAAUAUUUGCAACAGUUUUUCUAUGUCUGAACGUUUAUGAUGUGAUUCUGAAAGGUCUAAAGUUCAGUCUUCGUUUAAAGUUGUUGAUGUAUGAAACAGACACAAUAUGAGCUGCUUUGACGUAAAGUUGUAUCAACUGGAACUCAGACCAGGGUCAGUUUAUAUUGAAGUCAUUUUUAAAGCAAGACCGCUUGCUACAUGAGUACGCAAAAAACAUGAGACAUUUUUGGUGCAAUGUCGUUGCUGUCGUUGUGACAGACACGAUCAGUAGGAGGUUUCAGCAUGAACCUUGAACAGUUCGGUUAGAUUUCGGUGUCAUAAAACUUGCUGUGCUACUGAAUGUGCAAUAGGGCAAUAAUUUAAUCAUGUAUUCACAAUGCAUGCAUGUACAUGGCAGUGAGAUAGUGUGUAUCAAUUUGUCAGUAUUGCUGUCUAACACAGAUCUUCCCUAUUUCCCUUAGAAGGUCUGAAUAUUAGCAAAUGCUCCCUCCUUUCACUCAUCCUCACCUUUUAGUUGUAAUUAAUAUCAUAUCAUUGAUUAGCCAGAGUGAAAUCUUCACUGCACUGUUUUACUCUUGUGCUCCAGUCAUAUCUGAUAUUAUUUCUUCAGAGAGGGGUUGAAAGAAGGGAUUCCUAUUCAGGUGAUUGAAUGAGGCCGUGACGGCUAAAAGUGCAUGUUCUCUUGUUCAAUUCAGAUUAUGUCUAACACAUGUUUUUUUUUGUUCUAUUCAAAAAUCCUUAAAAGUUAUUUGUGAAAUUCCCCUUUGAUGAAGUCUUAUCUUUAUAAAGAAUUAUUUUGUAAACAUG